AUGAAAGCGUCAGCACGACAGUUAGGUGCAAGAAGAGGUUAUUUCCUGAACUCUAUUUUGCGGCGGCGUUUCGUGCCUCCAUGGGAGCGUGAUGGUAAAUCUGCUGAUGAAUUUUUCUCUGGACUUAUGCAGAGCACCAACCCAGUACAAACAUCUCAAAGAAACAAAAUGCGUGAAGAGGAGCAAGCAAAGAGAGCUAUUGAAGAGGCACCGUUACCAGUUGAAGUGCAGCGUAUGGAAGCUAUUCAUGCCCAUAAUGAAGAUGUGUUAAAUCAACGUCGUAAUUUUGUACCUUACGGAUCUAAACCAGUUGUAUAUUUUGAAAAGGACCAAAUGGCUGCUUUGGGUGAAUAUGAAACUAUGCUGCAGGGAACGAGUGAUUCAAGAAAUGGUCAGGAAAGUUACUCCCCAGAAGUACGUGAGAUGCUUCGGGCGGAUUUAAAUCAGAAAUUACCAUAUAGGUAUGAGUCAUUUGUGGAACCACGAGGAAAAGAGUUACAGUGGCCACUUCAUGGAACUACUGGUAUUGUCCUUGAUCUUGACGGCGUGGUUCAUCGUUCUAAUAAAAUUAUUGAAGGAUCAGAUACGGCAAUUCGAAAAAUUAUGCAGUUACGCAUUCCACUUUUAUUUAUGACAAAUGGUGGUGGUGUUACUGAGGCAGAGAAGGCUAAACAACUUUCAGAACUUGUUGGAUGCGAAAUUAGUCCUGAUCAAGUACUUCUUUCACAUACUCCAAUGCAACUACUAGCCCCUAUCUAUAAAAAUCAAAAUAUACUAGUAGUGGGUUCUCCAAAAUGUGUUGAUGUGGCAAAAUCAUACGGAUUUUCUCGUCCUAUUUCUAUGCUUCAGUUUCAAGUAGAACAUCCUGAAUUGGUACCAUAUAAAAAAUGGGGAAACUUAAAGAAGUGUGAACCUAAUACAAUUAAAUUUCCAGAAAUAGCCGCUAUUUUUGAAUUUUCUGAACCAGAUGAUUUACUUAGUGAUUCACAGGUUAUUCUUGAUCUUCUUCUUGCCCCACGUGGUCAAAUAGGACGUUAUGUGUCUAGUACACAAACUAUUCCAUAUUAUCUUGGUGCGGAUGAUUUAUUAUGGGCUACGGAAGCUUUGUUACCACGUCUUGGUCAAGGCGCCGUACGCGAAAUGAUCUCGGCGGUCUUUGAAAGUGUCACUGGCAAUGGUAUGCAAGUGACCACGUAUGGAAAACCACGCGCUAUUGCCUAUGCCUUUGCCGAGCGACGUAUGGAAGAAAUAACGGCGCGUCUUGGAUGGAAUCCACAGUCACUUCGUUCUAUUUUCAUGGUUGGGGAUAAUCUCGAGACGGACAUUGUGGGCGCGAAUGCCCGUGGGGGGCGGUGGACGUCUGUGCAUGUCCUCUCCGGCAUCGGCGCCGCCCCGGCCGCCCGGCGGACCCUCGCGGAGGGCGACGCGGAACUCGAGUGGCUCGAGACGCGCGUGGGGAAGACCCCGCAUUACGUCGCCCCCACAUUAGACCACUUUGUGCGGGAAUUGCUGGCGUUUCCAGAGACCGCCGUGCUGCAGAACAAGAAGCCGUAUUAUGGGAUGCCAAACCCUGUGGAUCUGGGCGAUACAUAUAACUUUUUACCACGUUAG